AUGGAUUGCGUUCACUCAGGCAAGGGAGUUGCCGGGGCGAACAGCCAUGGAGCACAACACGUGUACAUCAGCAAUAACCUGUCCUCGAAUUUAUUCUGUGUCAACCUCUUGCCAACUGAUGGCAACAUAGCAUUUAAUAAUUAUAUUUUUGGCGGCAGCCACCGCUGCCCCUUUCCCGGCCGGCGGCCGCCGCUGCUGGUGCCUCCCCUGCUGGUGCCGCCGCCGCAGCCGCAGCUUCCGAGCUGCAAGCUGAGCGGAGGCCCGGACGGAGCGCCAGCGCCGCCUGCCCAGCCACCCCGCCCGCCGCUCCACGGCCCGGCCAGCUCUGCCGGCGCCCCCGGCGCCCCCAGUCCGCCCGCCCACGCGGGCCCAGCCUGGCGUGACCGCCUGCCGCGGCGCUCCUCCUCCUCCCGCGCCCCGCGGCCGGCCGCCUCCUCUGCCCGCCCCCGCUCCGCGCAGCUCGCGGCUUGUGAACGGCUGAGGAGCCGCAAGUACUGGAACUAUGAGGCUCACGCUUGGGGUGAUCAAGAUGAUUACCAACUGGGGAAACUUGGUCGAGGAAAGUAUAGUGAACUAUUUGAGGCCAUCAACACCACCAACAAUGAGAGAGAGGUUGUAAAUAUUCUCAAGCCAAUGAAGAAAAAGAAGAUAAAACGAGAGGUUAAGAUUCUGGAGAACCUCCGUGGUGGAACAAAUAUCAUUAAGCUGAUGGACACUGUGAAGGACCCUGUGUCAAAGACCCCAGCUUUGGUAUUUGAAUAUAUCAGUACUACAGAUCUUAAGCAACUUGACCAGGUCCUGACAGACUUUGAUAUCGGGUUUUAUAUGUAUGAGCUACUUAAGGCCCUGGAUUCCUGCCACAGCAAGGGAAUCACGCACAGGAAUGUGAAACCUCACAAGGUCGUGAGAGAUCACCAGCCGAAAAAGCUGCGACUGAUAGCCUGGGGUCUGGCAGAGUUCCACCAUCCUGCUCAGGAGUACAAUGUCCGUGUAGCCUCGAGAUAUUUCAAGGGCCCGGAGCUUCUUGUGGACGAUCAGAUGUAUGAUUACAGCUUGGACAUGUGGAGUUUGGGCUAUAUGUUAGCAAGCAUGAUCUUUCGAAAGGAGCCCUUCUGUCACGGAAAGCACAACUAUGACCAGCUUGUUCGCAUUGCCAAGGUUCUGGGUACAGAUGAGCUGUAUGGGUAUCUGAAGAAAUAUCACAUAGACCUAGAUCCGCACUUCAACGAAAUCCUGGGACAACAUUCACGGAAAUGCUGGGAAAACUUUAUCCAUAGUGAGAACAGAUACCUCGUCAGCCCCGAGGCUGUAGAUCUUCUGGACAAAUUUCUGCGAUACGACCAUCAACAGACACUGACUGCCAAAGAGGCCAUGGAGCACCCGGACUUCUAUACCCUGCUGAAGGAGCAGCCCCAGCCUUCUGCAGGCAACACUGUGCUUUCCAGGGGCCUCCCAGCAGCCCGGUGAAGACUUGGAAGGCGAUGGGUCAUGUGGCAUUGAUGCUCGCCAAUAAAACCGACCAACCAAACCCAAAUCUUGAAGGAAAACUACAAUGUGAUAAAAUGAAAUUCUAGUCAUUCCUUCUAAAUGCAAAGAAGAGUAAAGACCUGUCUGUCAAAAAGAAAGAAAUCCCCCAGUACUAGUCUACAGGGUGCUGCCGUUGUGGCGGCAGGACGAUGCCCAGAGUUCAGGAUCUGAGGGAGCACU